AUGCAUAGAUACAUGGUGGAAGAGGAGGAGGGGUGGGAAAAGUGCUUUAAUUCAAAAAUUAACCUCGGUCUCAUGUUGAGAUUACUUGAUGACUUUUUGAAAGGUAUGAAGAAGACUUUAAAGCCUUGGAAAAUUCUAGAUGCUUUAAGGGUUAUGAGGGGUAUUAGGGGUAUUAGGGUCAAAAGGGUUAUAGGGGCCCUAAUGACUCUAACGGCUCUAAAAGCUCUAGGUGCUUUAGAGACUUCAAAGAUAUCAGAUAUUUCAAAUGAUUUAAUGAUAUCACAAACAUUCUUACUAUAUACGAUUGUAAUUGUGUGCGCAAUUAAAAUAAACAGCAAAAAAAAUAGUAUGCUUAUUGCUUCUUAA